AUGACAGCCCGCCGUGACAUCAUCGCUCAUGCUCGUGACGUCCCCACACACGUGUACGAUGACAUCAUCGCGCAUGCGCGGUCAUCUUGUUGCCGCCUGCCUGUGGCCAUCUUGGUGAUGGACGCCAAUUCCAUGCAGAUGGAUAUUUCCGCUUCAGCUCACAGUAUCAUCAUCCUGCUUAUCUUGUGUCUUUAUGGCUCCAUUAAUGCCUAUCCAGAUGGACAAGUUCAGGAGUCCUGCUCUUCAAUGGUUCCUAAUCAUGGAGCCUCUGCUCAGACCUCCAAUGCCCCCUACAGUUUGACUGUUUCUAAAACCACUUACAGUGCUGGAGAGCAAAUCUCAGUGACUCUGAGUGGAAAUUCAAAAUUUGAAGGAUUCCUAAUUCAAGCCCGCUCAGGCAGCUUAGAAACCCCCUUGGGCUCCUUUCAGCUCAUAGACAGCAGUGCACAGACCCUCACAUGUUCUACAGCUGCAAGUGCAGUGAGUCAAACAUCUAAAGCCUCAAAAUCAAAUGUGCAGGUGAAAUGGUUGGCCCCAUCAAGCGGCAACUCAGACAUAAAAAUAAGGGCGACUGUGGUGCAGUCAGAGAAGGUCUUCUGGACUAAUGUUGCAAGCUGCACGAUCACCUACAACUCAACAUCCGCAAGUGUAUCUGGAACAAGUUGCACUAAUACUGCAAAUCCUUCUUUCAGAAUAUCUGCUUCUUUCCAAUUUGUGAUGAUCCUGAUUGUGGCAAUUAUGUCGCUCUGA